AGCGAGCGUCUCCUGGCCGCUCCCGGGCGCGGGCCCCGCCUGCCGGCUCCAGUGUGGAGGCGCCGGGCCUUUCCCCGCCUGGCUUGCCCACCUGCUGCCUCGGGGUGGCCUGAAGAUCCCGCAGCAGGCACUCGGAGUCCUGGUUCCCUAGGGUACAGCACACUGGCGCUAAAGCAAGGUUUCUAAAAGGAGUAUCGGCAAGAGCCUAGGGCGCGAGGCCCCCGCCGACUCGGUCACUUGGCAAAUCCACGACCGCUGUGCACAUCUGGACUUCGGGACUGCACUGGGGGAGCAGGAAGCGCAGGAAGGGCUGCUGCGUUCGCUCGGGAAGGUGGGCUGGGACCAGGGGCUGUUCCGGAUACAGGCCAAGACUCGUGGAUGGCUAAAAAAGUGCAGGGCACUCGACCUAGAGGCAAGAUGGAUCAUUUCACAGAAGAGGAAACUGAGGCCCAAGCAGGGGGAAAAAAGCCUGGAAAUACAGAUUUUUCUUCCAUGAAAUCGCCUUAUUUACAAACGUGACAAAUACUUUGUCCCAGAAAACACCGAAGAGGCUGAGUGGUUUUAGCCCUGUCGUGCCUUCUAGAAAAAAGUUGCCACACCUCGUGAAGCCCCCACCAGCACCACCACCAAUAAACACUGUUUAUUGGGUUCCUGUCGCGUGCAAGGGCCAAUUCCCGUCCCCCCAGCAGCAUGGCAUCCUGUGCUGAGCCCUCUGCUAUGGGCCCCGAGCCUGCUGCCCCACCUCCAGCUGGGGUCCCACCGCUUGAGGACUUCGAGGUGCUGGAUGGGGUAGAAGAUGCAGAGGGUGAGGAGGAGGAGGAGGAAGAGGAGGAAGAAGAGGAAGAAGAGGAUCUGAGCGAGCUGCCACCACUUGAGGAUGUGGGGCAGCCCCCUCUGGAGGAGGCUGAGCAGCCUGGGGCCUUAGCCCGAGAGUUCCUGGCUGCCAUGGAGCCUGAGCCUGAGCCCGCCCCUGCCCCGGACGAGUGGCUGGACAUCCUGGGCAAUGGGCUGUUGAGGAAGAAGACUCUGGUCCCAGGCCCACCUGGCUCUAGCCGCCCAGCCAAGGGCCAGGUAGUCACUGUGCAGCUGCAGACAUCACUUGAGAAUGGCACCCGGGUGCAGGAGGAUCCUGAGCUGGUGUUCACCUUGGGGGACUGUGAUGUCAUCCAGGCCUUGGAUCUCAGUGUCCCACUCAUGGAUGUCGGGGAGACAGCGAUGGUCACUGCUGACUCCAAGUACUGUUACGGCCCCCAGGGCAGCAGGAGCCCGUAUAUCCCCCCGCACGCAGCCCUAUGCCUGGAGGUGACUCUGAAGACUGCAGUGGAUGGGCCUGACCUGGAGAUGCUCACGGGGCAGGAGAGAGUGGCCCUGGCCAACCGAAAGCGGGAGUGUGGCAAUGCCCACUACCAGCGGGCUGACUUUGUGCUGGCUGCCAACUCUUAUGACCUCGCCAUCAAGGCCAUCACUUCCAGCGCCAAAGUGGACAUGACGUUCGAGGAGGAGGAACAACUCCUGCAGCUGAAGGUGAAGUGUCUGAACAACCUGGCAGCCUCGCAACUGAAGCUAGACCACUACCGCGCAGCACUGCGCUCCUGCAGCCUGGUGCUCGAACACCAGCCUGACAACAUUAAGGCGCUCUUCCGCAAGGGCAAGGUGCUGGCCCAGCAAGGCGAGUACAGCGAGGCCAUUCCCAUCCUGAGGGCAGCCCUAAAGCUGGAACCUUCCAACAAGACGAUCCAUGCAGAGCUUUCAAAGCUGGUGAAGAAGCAUGCGGCCCAGCGGAGCACAGAGACCGCCCUAUAUCGGAAAAUGCUGGGCAAUCCCAGUCGACUGCCUGCCAAGUGUCCUGGCAAGGGUGCCUGGUCCAUUCCAUGGAAGUGGCUGUUUGGGGCGACCGCCGUUGCCCUGGGGGGCGUGGCGCUCUCUGUCGUCAUCGCUGCCAGGAACUGACUGCCCAGGUGGCCGCAACCCCCUCUGCGUACCAUGGACCCCACCCCAUGCUCCCCGAUGCCCCCAGGCUCCCUGUCCACUGCCCUCUCUGAACCUAGCCCCCACCUCUAGGGCAGGGGAAGCAAGGUUUGGGGGUUGUGUGGCCCAGUGAACAGGAGGGGCUGAGGCUCUAUAGGGAGAGUGAAGUAGAACCUGGGCCCCAUGUCCAUCUGGGAGGGAGGGGGCUCUCAUUCCUCCAGACCCAAUUCCCAGUCCAUCUCCACUUGCUGGGUCAGGUCCCAGUAGGGGCCCACCUCAGUGUUUCCUUCCCAACAGGCCUGGGGCAGCCCUUCCCCCACCCAGUCUGUGUCCAACACCAAAUCUCCCUGCCCCCGCCUAUGCCCUCUGUCCAGGCUCCACUCCUCCCUCCCUCUCCCCCCCCCAGUGAAAUAAAGCCUCCCACCCCGCAUUCUGCUGGCUCCAGAGCCUCCUUUCA